GUGUGUGUGUGUACACAGGGUAAGGACAGCCCCCUCCCUUAUAUGGAUGCCGCCCCCCGGUGAAACGACAGCGAGCCGUCCCUCCCGUCACGUCGGGGCACGCAGUCCCUGCAGGUCCGCGGGCAGCAGGCAGUGUGUCAGCCGCCUUCAGGAUCCACGCUUGCUCGUUGUCUUUAAAACACAACUUGUCAGCAGCGAUCGGAGCAGCGAAGAGCAGCCCCGGUGAGGUCGACCGGCCUCCGGAUCCCUGUUGCCUCCAUCUUGAGUGUGCAGACUGUAGCAGCAUCUGGUUGGUUCCUACUCGGCUGUUAAAGGGACAAUCCGAAUUGUGUUUUUUUUAAGAACAUUUGUCAUUUCCCGUUGGAUUGUGGGUUUUUUUUGUGUUGUUGUUUUUUUUCUUCCUCCCUGCCACUGCGUGGAUUACAGCCCCGGCCUUCUGUUCCUCGUCCUGGAGGCAGCUUCGUUGGAGGAUAAUCCCACUGAUGCGCUAUCACUACUACUAGGCACCAAAAGUCACGUAUCUACCCAAUAACAGUGCGUAAAAUAUCACAGCGCGUCGCGGGUUUGAUACAAAGCCGGUGGGGACCGCGUCUGGUGGACCCGUGGGUAUAGAGAGACUGAGUUUCUACUCCUGACUGAAUGCCAGUUUAACCUCGUUCAUUGUGGGAUUUAGGAGACAAAAGGUGCGUAAAGUUCUUGGAAACUGUCCGAAACGACAUGGCGAUGGUGACGUGGAGGAACAGCGAGGACAGCGGCGCUGACAGCCAGGUCUGCGCCAUCUCCUCCCCGGUCUCCCAUGUGACGGGACCCCACUCCCUGUCCGGGGACCUCACCCAGGGACACCUUGGCGCCGCGUCUUCCCUGGAGCUGAACUCGGCUCCUCGAGCGACCACACCGGGGGGCGCACCGGCUUCCCGGGCGGCCACCAGCAACGCGCCCUCCGGCUCCAUGGAGAAGCAGCAGCAGCAACAGCAGCAGAGCCAGCACGUCGAGUGCACGGUGUGCGGGGACAAGUCGAGCGGCAAGCACUACGGACAGUUCACCUGCGAGGGAUGUAAGAGCUUCUUCAAGCGCAGCGUGCGCCGGAACCUCACCUACACUUGCCGCGUGACGCGGAGCUGUCCUGUGGACCAGCACCACCGGAACCAGUGCCAGUACUGCCGCCUGAAGAAGUGCCUGAAAGUGGGCAUGCGACGGGAAGCGGUGCAGCGAGGCCGGGUGGUCCCGUCCCAGUCGUACCACGGGCAGUUCUCGCUCACCAACGGCGACCCCCUGCAGUGCCAUCACUCGUACCUCUCGGGGUACAUCUCCCUGCUGCUGCGCGCCGAGCCGUACCCCACCUCGCGCUACGGCGCCCAGUGUCUGCAGAACGGCAACGGCGGCGGCGGCGGCGGCGGCAUCCUGGGCAUCGAGAACAUCUGCGAGCUGGCGGCGCGCAUGCUGUUCAGCGCCGUGGAAUGGGCCCGCAACAUCCCCUUCUUCCCCGACCUGCAGGUCACCGACCAGGUGGCCCUGCUGCGGCUGGCCUGGAGCGAGCUGUUCGUGCUCAACGCGGCGCAGUGCUCCAUGCCCGUGCACGUGGCGCCGCUGCUGGCCGCCGCGGGCCUCCACGCCUCGCCCAUGUCGGCGGACCGCGUGGUGGGCUUCAUGGACCACAUCCGCCUCUUCCAGGAGCAGGUGGAGAAGCUGAAGGCCCUGCACGUGGACUCGGCCGAGUACAGCUGCAUCAAAGCCAUCGUGCUGUUCACCUCAGACGCGUGUGGUCUGUCGGACGCGGCGCACGUGGACGGGCUGCAGGAGAAGUCCCAGUGCGCGCUGGAGGAGUACGUGCGCAGCCAGUACCCCAACCAGCCCUCGCGUUUCGGGAAGCUGCUGCUGCGGCUGCCGUCGCUGCGCACCGUGUCGUCGUCGGUCAUUGAGCAGCUGUUCUUCGUGCGGCUGGUGGGGAAGACCCCGAUAGAGACCCUGAUCCGGGACAUGCUGCUGUCCGGGAGCAGCUUCAGCUGGCCCUACAUGUCCCUGCAGUAGGCCGCCUGUGCUGCUGCAAGGAAUUCCCAACACCACAGACAGACCCCCACCAACUCCACGUGUCCUUCUUAAUACUAUUUAUUUAAAUGUGUGUAUUUAUAGUGUUUGUUCUGUUUUCAGACACCGGUUCUCCUAUAUAUUCCGUCUCGUGAGGCUGCAGGGAUAGCCCCCGUGUCGCGUUUGUUUUUCAUUUUUUUUGUAUCGCAUCGUUUCCAACAUGGCACUUUGAAUUAUUAAUAAUAUGCUACAAUAUGACGACUGAGCACCGGCCCGCUCGCCUCACCCCAAAAGACCUCUUUGGUGGGUUUAUUUCUACUCACGGCGCCCUCUGCAUGCAAGAGCCGUCACACUGCAGUACGAUAUUGUGGCAUCUCUCAUGUGGUCAUUAUUCAUAUUCAUUCGUUCGUUUGCGUUAUAUUCGAUGAACAAGACCAUUUUUUUUAUUUGAGAUAACUAUUCAUAAAAUAUUCAUAACUACCCAUUUAUCUGAAGUUGUGUGUGUUGUUGGUCUACUCUCCCCUCCCCCCCAAGAUAAAUGAAGCAAUAAGCAUCACUGAGGCCACUGAGGCUCCACUUCACCUCCGGGGUCAAGUCGGGAAUUCGGGCUGAGGCCGCCACUGGGCAUGCGCAAGAACUGCGACUGCACUCGUUUGUGUUAGAGUGUGUAUGUGCGUGUGUGGGUGGGUGUGUGUGUGUCGGUGAGUGUGUGUGUGUGCGUGCGGGCGUGUUUGUGUUGAUUUAGUUUCUGUUUCCUUUUGACCACACCUCUGACGUACUGUGAAGACAUACUGGUUUAUCUUCCAUGUGAAAUUAUAACUCAUGAUUUAUAAAUA